AUGGGCGGCUGUGUAAGUCAUAAUCGCAAUAAUCACAGUCAUCGAAGAAGACGAUCGCACUCAUCACGUAAUAAUACAACAACAAGUGGAGCCGUUGGCCGAAAUAAACCAUUAAAUCGUUCAACUUGCCGGCCAAAAUGGAAAUCAGAUGUACCCAUUACUGAAAAUCAAUUGCGCCGUAAACGUGAAGAAUACUGGGAUACAGCUCCUGCUUUCGAUGGUCGAAAAGAAAUCUGGGAUGCAUUACAUGGUGCAUGUUAUUCUAUUGAACAAAGUGAUAUUGAUUUAGCACAAUCAAUUAUCAACUGUGCUAAUAUAUCUCUUCCUCAUGGUACACUUCUUGAUUGUUAUGACGAACUCGGUACUCGUUAUCAAUUGCCUAUAUAUGUAUUAUCACCACCAACAAAUAUAGUCGAUGGUGACCAAUCAUCGAUUGAUUCUCGUGGUGAUAAUGAAUCUGGUGCAAGUGAAAUUGGCCUUGCUAUGACAGCAGCUGUCGAUCGUGAACGCGACUACGGUGGUAAUCACAGUUCAUCAUCAUCAUCAACAACAACUAUAACAACAAAUAAUCAAUCUCGUACAACAAAAUCAUUAUCCUCAUCAACAACAUAUCAUGUUGGUCAUAAUCCAAUAGUACGUGAAAUAAAGAAACAUCGUCGAAAACAGAAAUAUAAUGCCGAUUCUGGUAAUGAUUCAUCGUCUACAAAUACAACAACACCCCCAUCAAUUGUGAAUCAGCAACAAGCAAAUAUUGAUCAUGAUAUUGAGAUCCCCAUUAAAUUUCGUUUGUCCAAUGGGAAAGAACAUCGUUUAUAUUGCAAACAAAAUGAAAAAAUACGCAAUAUUAAAAGACGUUUGGCUUUGUUAGAAAACGGAGACAUUGAUUCUCAAGCACAACGAUUAUUUUUUGGUGGAAAAUUAUUACGAGAUCGUUCAGCUGUAUGGGAAGCUCAUUUACAACGUAAUUUUGUUGUUCAAGUUGUUCUAACAGACAAACCGGUGGCGUCUACUAGCGCCAUAACAACAAGUGAUCACCUAAUAAAUGCAGAUGACAAGACAGAUCAUUCAAUUACAACACCAGUUCAAUUAACGGAUUCUUCUAGAAUUGAAAAAAUCUAA